AUGGCGUCCGCCACCCGGGUUAUCCAGAAGCUGCGGAACUGGGCCUCCGGGCACAACUUGCAGGCGAAGCUGCAGCUACGUUACCAGGAGAUCGCCAAGCGAACUCAGCCUCCUCCCAGGCUCCCGGUGGGCCCCAGCCACAAGCUCUCCAACAAUUACUACUGCACUCGUGACGGCCGCAGGGAAGCCACGCCACCUUCCAUUGUCAUGUCCUCACAGAAGGCGCUGGUGUCAGGCAAGUCAGAAAGCUCAGCUUUGGCAGCCACUGAGAAGAAGGCGGUGACACCAGCUCCUCCCAUACAGAAGUGGGAGCUGUCCCAGGACCAGCCUUACCUGUGA